AUGUUAGUGCUCUGCUCUGGGAGAAAUAACGAUGGCGACGAUGUGAUAAUGUCUGAUGACGUCAUUGACAUAUUGCCAACGGGUGAGCUGCGUGUGGAACAUUCUCCUAUAAUCAAACUUCCAUCUUUUCUGGGCAGAAGAAGACCGCCGAAGGGUCUUCUCAAUAUUCGUCUGCCGGCGUCGACAUGUCUGAAGCUGGACAACAGUUCAUAUCAAAGGAUUUGCGGGAGCGAGAAUUCCACUGACGCUGUUGAUGCGGAUGUUACUGUCAAAAAGAGCGCAUUCUCACAAACGAAUUUGAACAUCGAAGUGGUGAGACGCGGCUAUGCUCGGGUUCCACCACCAGAAUCGCCGCGCCAUUUGAAGGCGCUCCAGUCGAUUCCGGCGUACUCAAGACUGAUUAACCGACUGUUAAUGAGUGAGAAGGUAUGCGAACCAAUUUGUUCAUGUUAA